UGGGUGAUAGGGAAGACAGAGCUGGGCUUGGUCACAGAUGGUUCCUGUUGGGGGAAGAACAAGGGUACAGCUGCCCAGUCCUCCUCCCCUGCUGCAUUAUCACCAGCAGGCAGCUGUCUGCCUUCCCCUCUCACCCUGGGACACAACUCCCCCUCCACAUCAACCCUGGUGGUCACAUGAGCACCCAGCACCCCUUGCAAGGCACACUCCAGAGCAGGCUGGACAGCAGUAAGUCAGAGCCACUCAGGGGCAGGGUGGCCCAGGGACAGAACCAGCAGCCGCUCGCCUGCAUUUUCUGUUAUGCAAUCCGCGGGAGAGGCCGGAGCUCUCCAGCCUGCUCUCCUCCGGUGUGGAUUUGAAACAGCUCCUCUCCCCUGCAAAGUGGCUGAGAGCAUGUGAGAGAGAGACACCCUCCAGAGCCCUGCAUGGCCUCUGGUCGCAGCUAGCCUCCAGCCGAGAGCUUAAGUAGAGCCUCUCCAGCGGUGCUGGCAGCAGAGGGCCUGGCACUGCAUUUCUGGAGCCCACCACCACACCGUUCAGCUGGCACUGCAAGCAACCGGCUGGGCUUUAAUGGCUGGAGGCUCCUCCGAGCUGGAAAACCGACCUUCCGCCUCCACUUGCCAUGGCACCUGGGGAAGGGGCUCCAGGAGAACCGGCCAAGGUAGUGCAGAGAAGAAGAAGGCAGCCACAAUGCCUGACUCGCCGGCCGACGUGAAGACUCAGUCCAGAUCGACACCCCCCAACAUGCCUCCUCCUCCGCCAGCCGUCACGCAGGGAGCCACGCGGCACCCCUCCUUCACGCCAAACACCAAUCAAGAAGCUGGGCCUCCGACGUUUCUGCCUCGCGGCCGUUUUCAUGGUUGCUUGAAAUGGUCGAUGGUCUGUCUUUUAAUGAAUGGAAGCAGCCACUCCCCUACCGCUAUCAAUGGAGCUCCUUCCACCCCCAACGGGUUCAGCAACGGGCCUGCCACCUCUUCCACUGCUUCCCUGUCCACCCAUCAGCUCCCUCCCGCCUGCGGCGCCCGGCAGCUCAGCAAACUCAAGCGCUUCUUGACCACCCUGCAGCAGUUUGGGAACGACAUCUCCCCGGAGAUCGGGGAGCGGGUGCGCACGCUGGUGCUGGGGCUUGUGAACUCCACGCUGACCAUCGAAGAGUUCCACUCCAAGCUCCAGGAGGCGACUAACUUCCCGCUGCGCCCCUUCGUCAUCCCCUUCUUGAAGGCCAACCUGCCCUUGCUGCAGCGCGAGCUGCUCCACUGCGCCCGCAUGGCCAAGCAGACCCCAGCCCAGUACCUGGCCCAGCACGAACAGCUGCUGCUCGAUGCCAACGCCUCUUCCCCCAUCGACUCCUCUGAGCUGCUCCUGGAGGUCACCGAGACUGGCAAGAGGAGGACACCAGACAGGACCAAAGAGAACGGCUUGGACCGAGACCCUCUGCACCCCGAACACCUCAGCAAACGGCCGUGCACCAUGAGCCCCGCUCAGCGGUACAGCCCCAGCAACGGGCUGAGCCACCAGCCCAACGGGCUGCCCCACCCCACCCCGCCCCCACCCCCGCACUACCGCCUGGAGGACAUGGCCAUGGCACACCACUACCGGGACACCUACCGGCACCCCGACCCCAGGGAGCUCCGGGAGCGCCACCGGCAAGUGGCCGUGCACGGCUCCCGCCAGGAGGAAGUGAUCGACCACAGACUAACAGACAGGGAGUGGGCUGAGGAGUGGAAACACCUCAACAACCUGCUGAACUGCAUCAUGGACAUGGUGGAGAAGACGCGGCGCUCCCUCACCGUGCUGCGCCGCUGCCAGGAGGCCGACCGCGAGGAGCUCAACCACUGGAUCCGCCGCUACAGCGAUGCUGAAGACAUGAAGAAAGGCCCCAACCCCCCACCCCCCCCCCACAACAGCUCCUCCAACUCCGAGGCCCCCCCAUUAGACACUCACCGGGAGUUUGUGCCCAGGCCCCUCUCUGGUUACAUGCCCGAGGAAAUCUGGAGGAAAGCUGAAGAAGCUGUGAACGAGGUGAAGCGCCAGGCCAUGUCCGAGCUCCAGAAGGCGGUGUCGGACGCGGAGCGCAAGGCCCACGAGCUGAUCACUACCGAGCGAGCCAAGAUGGAGAGGGCCCUGGUGGAGGCCAAGCGCCAGGCUUCCGAGGACGCGCUGACGGUGAUCAAUCAGCAGGAGGACUCGAGUGAGAGCUGCUGGAACUGCGGGCGCAAGGCCAGCGAGACCUGCAGCGGAUGCAACACGGCCCGCUACUGCGGCUCCUUCUGCCAGCACAAGGAUUGGGAGAAGCACCACCACGUCUGUGGGCAGACUCUGCAGGGCCUCCAGGCCUCCGCCGGCGCAGCCCCUUCCUCCGGGGUGGGCUUAGGGGUGGGCUCAGCUCAACCGGAUGUGGUGGCUGUCAGCGCCUCCAUCACCAGCGUGGCCACCAUGGCCGCCAGCCCCAGCGAAACCGGCUCGGCUGCUGCGUCGCGCUCCGGCACGCCGGCCACCCCAGCUCCUCUGGAAACGGCAUCACGCUAACCAACCGACCGGCCAGCCAACAGAGGGGAAAGAAACAGAGAAACCUACAGAACGUCACUGCUGCUACUGCUUCUCUCCAAAAGAAAAACUAACUGCAUUCAAUGCAAUUCCUCAGCUACCUGACUCUUCUGUGACCUCCAAAUGACCUCUCGAUCUCUCAUAUGUAAUCCUCACGGAUCCUCAAACUGGGCUUUAAGUGGAGUUAAGGCAAAUACCAAUCUUCUCUGUUCUCGCUUCGGUUUUCUAUGAUUUGGGGAGUUACUAUCGGCGUCAGCGUCGGUUUGUUUGUUUUCUUCUUUUCGGACAAGGAAUUUGUCCACAAACUCUACGCACCUUGACUCGGGGAUGUGCGUGUGUGUGUGUGAAAUCUCCCUCCCGGUGCGGCCGGGGGACGGCAUGAUGAAGGAUUUCGAUUUUAGAAGGCAAGAAACUUCUUCUCUUUUUCGUUUUUCUUUUCUUUUUUUUUUUUGUAAAAAAAUAAAUAAAAUAAAAAUAAAAACGUCAAACUCUUUGGCUUUAAGUAAAAAAAAAAAAAUCCAAAAAACAAAUAAAACAAAGUAAAACCAAGUAAAGGAAGCUUACCUGUAAACUACCUUGCUAGCUAGCCAAGAACAUACCAGACUCACCUCUGCUCCAAAGGAAAUCCAAAAACAAACAAACAAAAAAAUCCAAACUUUUUUUCCACUGCCAAAGUUUUUUUGGUUCUGUUGUUGGUUAUUUUUACUUUUUUGGUUGAUGGUUUUGGUUUGUUUUCUGUGAAACAAGGAGCAGCGCUUAUCCCUUUCAACCAAACCACGACGACUGGCCAAAGGCAAGCCGGCGCUCUUGGACUCCUUGCAUUCUUUGGUGGGGUGGGGUGGGUUCUUGCGCUGGACUCUCAGCAUCCACACGUACCUUGAAGGAGGAAGGACGCGCAUCUGUGGAUUUAAAGAAUUUUAUUAAAAUAAAGCAAAAACAAACAAAAAAAGAUACACAACUUUUGUGCGUGUGUGUGAGUAUGUGUGUGUGUGUGUGUGUGACGGGGAGCCAACAUUGUGUGCUCCCUCCCUCUGUGGAUUAUAAACGUGUUUCACUUGCCUAGGAGAGCGUGCUAAUGAACAAGAACCUUCAGAUCCCGGUCGUGUUCCGGAGAGAGCAUCGUUUCAAACAGAACUGUGACAAUCUGUCGUUGAUUCUCCACUGCUCGUCAGAGUGUGAGCAGAAAGCAAUUGCACCAGUACCUUCUGCUUCUUGUACUCCUCCACUACCUCUCUCUGCUCUCCAUAACCCCACCUCUAGCUCCAGUAUCUUGUGACUGCCGUCCUUACUCCUUCAACCUUUCACAGGAAAAAAAAAAAGACACCUUUUGUUUUUCCCCUUCUGAAGACUCUUUCGAUUGCCUGUAGAUAGACCCCCUUGCUUUUGUGUCUACUUGUUCUCCAGAUGUUUUCUCCAGUCCUGUGAUGAACAUUGUCAUUGGGUUAUUUUAUUUCGCUUUCGCUUUUUCUUUUCCCACCCCGCGUCCCCUCAUAUGAUUUUGCAACAGUUUCUAGGAGGAAAGAAAGGAAACAAACAAACACUUGUUCUUAGAGAAGGAAAAAAAGACAAUGUAGAUUAUUGUGCAUUUCUUGCAUCGUGUAUAACGCGCAGAGGACGGGAGUGCAAUAUGGAAAGUGACAUGGCUGCAGAAAGGGAGAAAGGUGGAGACUGCCCAGCCACGGUCAGGGCAAAUAUUGUACGUUAAUGUGAAUGUAUAUAGUAUUUGAAGAGGUCCAAAAAAAUAAUAAUAAUUAUAAUAAUAAAAGAAGAGACGUUUGCCAAAUAAAAAAAAAUGAAGAUAAACCACUGAACUAUGUAAAGUUUAGGAAAUAGGUUUUAAAAAAAAGCAAAGUCCACGUGUUCAGUAGAAGGAUUAGUUUUCCGGAGUUGCAAAAUCCAUCACGUGUGUUUUUAAAAAAGUAGGGAUUUCAGAUCAAAAGUUCUCAGGCACUAGUCAUUGCAAAGGGAGGUUUGGCUGAGGGCGAUUGACUCAGAACCCUAAGGUGGCCGUGUUUGGAUGUUUUCCUCUCCCCUGCAACCCACCCCCGAACCUCGCCCUUGUUUGUAUCGUUUUCAGAAGCACUGUGUGGUUCUUUAGAACAUCGAUUCAGGUUUUGGAACAACAAGGAGUCCUUUGUUUAGCACAAUGGAUACAUGCAGGGCUAGGCGGCAUUGUUCGGUCCCACUGCGGUUGGGUCUGCUUUGCCCUUUCUUUUCUAGUUGUGAGCCCUGGGUCUCUUAGCUGCAUCGCAUCCAAUGUGAGUCCUCCCCGUUCAGUUGCACACCACUCAAGCUCCCUCCUGGUGGCUGUGAAGUUGUAAAGACCAUGUCGUGUCUCUCCUCAGAAGUGCGACGUGUUCCCAUGGAGAGGUUUGGGGUUGUGGCUGUUUCUCUCAGUGGAUGUGGCUCUGACGCCGUUUGGUUGUGUUGUCUUGGCUCUGGGACGGGCUGUCCUGGAGAAGAGUGUGGAGGGCUGUGUUUGAUGUGUACUUUCACUGCCUCUGAGGGAUGGCUGUAGACGGUGCCACGUGGUUCUCCGCAGCUGAUGCCGGCUUGUCCUAGGAUUCCAGGAUUUCAAAGCGAGACAGACCCAGGCAGGAAGUAGGGUUUGAGGGAAGUUGUUAGUGCGAUGCUGCGGUCCUUGCGCCUUGCUGUCCCCUCCCCUAGCUCAGCUCUCAACCACAAUGGGGGUAUCAGAUCUUAAGAACCAGACGUGGAUCCCAUCCUAUGGAAGGCAGCCAGAGUUUUGCUGUUGGCUUCGAGCAGGACGAAGUCACAGUUCUUACAUCCAAAGUUUGCAGGCUUUGAACACCUGGCAGUCCUGAACUCAGCAAACCCGGCAGCAUUUGAACCCGGCCAGGAACCAACAAGUGCCAGAAGCACCGCCAUUCUGUAGCCCUCCUCUCCCCCGCCAUGCCUACACGGUAACGUGUCCCAGGGCUGCCCAGAGGAUUCAGGGGGCCUGAGGUCUUUGGCGGCGGGGGGCCCCCGCUGCCGAAGACCCGGCGCUUUGGUGGCAGGUCCCAGGGCAGAAGGACUCCCCACCGCGGGUCUUCAGGGCACUUCGGCAGCGGGUCCGGAGCGGAAGGACCCCCCGCCACCGAACUGCCGCCGAAGACCCGAAGCAGAAGAAGCUCCGGGGGCCUGGGCGCCACGAGUGUUUUCUGGGGGCCCCGGAGCAAGUGAAGGACCCUGCUCCAGGGGCCCUGAAAAACUCUCAUGGGGGCCCCUGUGGGGCCCGGGGCAAAUUGCCCCACUUGCUCCCCCCCCGCCCGUGUCCUCACAUGACAAUCUGGACACCUUACGCUGUUGGAAGAUUACAUCCCUGGGGAACUGUGGAAAACUUUCCUUAACUUCCUCUAACCCCAUGGCAGCCUGGUCUUUCUAAAGCAGGCCUGGAUUCCUGGCUAGUAAGAAUCUUCUGGAAAAUACCAGCCCACAUGAGCCCCGCAACCCCGAGAGACAGUUCCUCUAAAGUCCCAACUGCUGCUCUCCAGAGGAAGGUCACAUCCUCGGUGAGGGAUGAGAGGAGGGACCCAGUAAGAGACAAAGCAGCCUGUCAAUAUCUGUGAGUGCAGAACUUCCUCCCCUGGAACUGACUGGCUGUUUGACGCAGGCCGGUCCCAGCAGCAAUGCCACUGACCUGAUCUCUCUGCUGAAGGUCUCCCUAGGACCUGUAGUGAGUCUUGAAGCCCAAGGUGAAGCUGUGCAGAGUCUGGUCCCAAAGCCCUAACUAACUGGGCUGGAGCUAUUGCUGGGGUUUGUUUACCAACCAUUUGACGGUAGCUUGCAGUGAAUCCAGCCAGAGACCUUUUAAUGGGCCAAACCCGAGACUUCGUAGCUUCUGUUUGUUUCCUUCCGCAGCCUCAUUCAUCCAGCGUUAGGUUCUGACCCUGGUUUUCUGACAUGCAUCACUCGCCCUAAGAAGGAUUGUUGUGUUUAUUUAUCACGUGAUAUAUGUAUAUUGUCUAUUUUUCUUAUAUUUCAUGAAAAGAGGUAAUAUAUAAGAGUUUUCAGAUGUCAUUAACCGCAGGGUUCAUCCUGCCAUUCGUAGUGUUUGUUAUUUUUCUAAACCUCCUCUCGUGCUUGAAUUUCGGCCGCCUCUCUGUCCCAUCCGUCUCACAUCUGCUCAGCAUCCGGACCCUGCCGCUCUACCUCCAACUUGCUUAAAAACCAUAGACGACAAUUGUAUAGAAAGGAAAUAACCCCAUUUAAAAAGAACUCAACAAGCUUGCCUUCAAACCAAAAUCCCUGGGAGGGGAGAGGGGAGCGGGAGGGGAGCCUCCUGCGGAAGUCCAAACCGGAAAGCUUUAAAAUAGAGUAUUUCAGUGGCCAAAAAACCACCAGGAGUAUGCAGCUUCCCAGACAGUGACGCUCGUGGCACAAAGAAAAGCAGGCGGCAGCAAUAGAGAAAACCACUCGCUGGCUCCUCUGGGUAGGGCGAGAGGAUGCAGGCGGUUCCAGGCUCUUUCGUUGUGAGAUGGUCUUGCUAAACCUCCUCAGUCAGAGCUUUCUUAUGUGUGGGCUUUGCAGGGUCACCUCACCCUCCUGUGUCCUGCUAAUCCCUGAUUCCUCUGCCAGUGCCCCCCAUUGCCUGGGAAUGUUAUUCCCAGUGGAACAGACACCAGCUGGGAGAGUUAAUAGCCUCCUCAGCCAUGGCCAUGUCAGCAGGUUUUAAAUCCCUGGGGCAAAGCAGCAUGGUUAGAUUGUGUAGUGCGUGUUGUGUGUACGCCCUGCAGUGGGCCAGAUUCUGCGCUCAGUGACUUACCUGCAAGCGCUUUGUCUCCAUGGGGUUUGCAGGGGUGUCACUAAGAGCAGAAUUUGGCCUGCUCCACUGCGUAUCCACCUGCCUCAUGGUUACAGUGUAGGCCCAGAUUGUGUAGCAAAAGGAACUUAACCUAGGCCAAAAAUCCAGGGAAUGCUGACUCUCCUGGGCCCAGGCGCUGUCCCCGUGCGUAUUCCUGUGGGGAUGGGUAUAGGGGGCAAUUGGGAGAUUUCUCUCUCCUGGGUGGUGGCUCUUUGGGCAUCUUUUUGUGAAGUCCCUGAAGAUGAUCAGAAAAGGAAGGGCCAAUGUUUCGCCCCUCCUGCAGCCCGUGCCAGGAGCUAUUUAAGCGGGGUGACCCUCCCCACAUGGCAGCUCUGCCUGGGAGGCAGCAGGAGCAUGGGAGGGAGGGGUGGCGCCUGCUGCUUUCCUUCCAGCGGCCCUGGGGCAGUGAGGAGAAAAAUAGGGAAUGAGCCCAACCCCAGGCAGGGGUGAGGGAUGGUUUUGUGGCUAAACAAGUGGUGAGGUCAGAACAACCCCAGGCAGCUCAGCACAAAGGCAUCUGAGAUCCGGGAUAUCUCGGGUGGCACCAUGUGUCCUCCAAUCCCAUUGACGUCACUGGGCAUGUGGUUCUCUGCAGGAUUGGCUCGUCGUUUGCAAUCAAUGUGUGUCUCGGCCCAGCAUGGCGCCGUGUUCAUUCGGGUCACCUUCCCGUUCCCAGAGGGCAGAGGGAAGUGGGCGUGUUUGGCAGGUCAUUCCUGAUGCCAGGUUCUUUCUCGGUGCUGGAGCCCAGCCCUGCGCUGCACAUAGGAUCAGAAAGUUUAGAGCAUGCGCCCGAGGGGGGGAGCCGUUUAUUGACACAGGGACAGCGAGAUGGGGGUUUUGUUUGGCUUUACGCAUGACUCACCGUGGACCCAUUUCCAUGGGGGGCUCUUUAACUUGGGCCCAUCCCUCAAGUUUCCAAAUUGAAAUCCAAGCUGAAACCAAAGCACCUCCCUCCUGCCCUGCUCCAGCCGGGCAGUUUAGUGGUGAUCCUAGAUGUUAGAAUUGGAAGAACUCCCUUAGGAUCUGUUCAGAUCAUGCCAGGGUCUGGGCAAGACUGAUCCACAUGGUACAUUUACUAGGGCUUUGCUUAGUCCUGUUUUAAAUAAACUCCGUGAUGGUGUUUUGUUCCCUGGUCUGCCGCGUCUCACUGCCAGGUUUUCCGGAGAGUCUGUAUUCUCCCUUUCUUAAUAGCAUCCCAUUGCUGCUAGUUACACUCUCUUCUUGCAUCCAACAUGAUCGCGCUCUUGGUGCUUCACCCCCAUCAAAUACAUGUGGAGUAGGGCUCGAAUUGUAUCCCUCCAUCCUUCCUCAUUGCUCAGCUCGUCUCAGCUCCCCUCCAGCCGUCCUGCCAGCCCCCACCAAUCCGUCUUGCUCUUCUCUGAAAGUCUGGCAGCCAGGUCCUGCCCAGGCACAAUCUUCCUAGUGGGAGUCAGGCUCCGGGACACGGGAGCAUGGGACAGGCACGGCUGGGUGAACAGCGAAGCGCCAAGGGUGCAUCUCCCCGGGGAGGCAGGUGUUGGGUGCACUUCUCAGGGUGCACCUGUGAUGUGCGCCAAUGGUUCUUGAAUGCCAACUGAUUGCGUCUCAUGGCUUAGAUACCCCCAGCCCACGCCUAGACUACUUGGAGGCAUUUAUAGCACAGGCGAGUCAGUCUCCCUGAGACUGCCAGCAACAUCCUUCCGGUCACACGCUUACCAGCAAACACAGGCAGAAAUUACCUGGGUGUGAUCUAUUCUGUAGGGGCAAAACAGAGCCAGUGCUGUUGGUGCAGCUGUCUUGCUUCUGGCCAUUGCCCCAUGUGAACUCACCAUACAUUCCCUGUACGCGUGUACACACACACACACACACACACACACUGUGCUCUGGUCUCUUCCGCUUUCUUACGAUCCUCUUUUUUCUUUAUGGGCAUCCCCACGCAAUUUUGCGGCCUUUGCGGGGGAUGGCCGGGCUCAUGUGUACGCUAGUUACAGCAAUGAAUGGGAGGCGAAGGAGUUUCUUGGGCUGCGAUCCCCACCCCCUGGUAGGCGGGACCCUGCUUCCCAUCUCUCUGCGCUGGUGGUUUUAUGUAAGGCAGAUCUGGGGGAGCCGGAGGGAGUUUUUGUUUCUUGUAACAAGCCCAUCUCUUGGCUUGUCAGUUGCUUUGGAGAACAGCAGCAGGACACCCCUGCUUGGGGUGUCAAAAAAACAGACGUAAACACAGCCCAGGGAAAAUAAAUACAGAGUAAACCCAGGUUCUCAGACUUUCUGCUAAGCCUCUUCAGAGCGGCAGAUUCUGGGAUCCCGUCCAGAUCUGGCGGCUGAGCCUCUGAAAGGCGGCUUUGCCGCAGCAAUCCAGGAGAAUUUGCUCUGAUUCCUCACCUCAAACAAACAAACAAAAAAACCACCAGGUGCUCCCAGAAUUUCCCCCUUCCCGGCACAUUUCCUUGUCCCUAGCCAGGGUGUGACCCAGCCAGCAAUUCCGGAGAGCCCAAACUGCUCAGCCCAGCCUGGGUGGAACUCCGCUAAGCCCCAGGGAUGGAUGUGACCCACCCUCAGUUCUGCUCCCGCUCCCCCCUCUCUGAAGCGACUCUGCCGAAAGUCUCGAAAGCCGCUGACGUGCCCGGUCAGAACCCAGUAACCUGCUCCUGCCAGGCCCACGGGAGUGCCAGCGUCGGGGGGGCUGGGAGGCGAUUGACUCGUAAAACUGUGCAAUACUUGAAUGAAAGGGGGUGGGGGAGGCAUGGCUUGUAUAGACUGGUGGGCGUGCGUGGAAAAAGAGUUUAACGAGGGGAGAAAACAGAAAUCCCGCACCCCACCCCGCUCCCUGCUGUUUGUGGGUUUCCGUGGCCAUUCCAGAGAAAUGACGACAUGAUAGGAGUUUUUUUGGCAUGCUGCCCUUCCCCCGCGGUUCCCUGCUUUCUCUAACUGUACUGUAUGUUUGACCUGUGAAAGAUGUAAACAUUAUGAUUCAGGUUAUGUCUGUUCUUAACUCUGUAUCCGUGUAAUAAAGACAAUUUAAUAUCA